CGCACAACACAAACAAACAUUCAGCCAUCUCUCUCUGUUCUUCACCAGUUUUCGGAAACAGGAUGAAGCGAAUAAGAGAUGAUAUAUAUUCUGGUUCUCAAUUUAAACGUCCAUUUGCUUCUUCAAAGGCUGAAUCCUACGCGCAAAACCAAAUGCCUGGUGGAGGUGGCGGUACAGGUGGAGGGGAAGGGGGAGGGGGAAGUAUGUCGCAGACACUGGCUAUGAACGAGGCCUUCACAUAUUUAAUGGAAGUCAAGGAGAUCUUUCAGGAUCAAAAAGAGAAGUACGACAUGUUCCUUGAAGUCAUGAAGGAUUUCGUGGCUCGAAGGACUGACACUGCUGGUGUCAUUGCCCGAGUGAAAGAGUUAUUCAAAGGGCAUAACAACUUGAUUUAUGGAUUUAAUACCUUUUUGCCAAAGGAAUAUGGAAUUAUCCUUGACGAGGAUGAGGCUCCUCCAAAAAAGACUGAUGAAUUAGAUGAAGCAAUCAGUUUUGUAAACAAAAUAAAGAAACGUUUCCAAAAUGAUGAGCAUGUUUAUAAAUCAUUUGUGGGUAUUUUGAGUAUGUACCAGGAGCACAAGGACAGAAAUGAGGUCUAUACUGAGCUUGCUUCUCUUUUUGAGGACCAUCCAGAUCUUCUUUAUGACUUCCAUAUUGGUUUUUACCGAAGGGCGUGGACGAGUACAAGGCUUCUCCGGAAGAAAAGAUUUCUGAAUUUGACAAAGCAUUCGAAUUUAGAACGCUAAUAGAAGUGAAAUACUGAAACCAUUGUCCCCUAAUAUUCGGAUAGCAAUUGCUGUCUCUAAUUUAUGCAAUCUUACCAUGCAGGAACGUGAUGAGCAUGUUUAUACAUCAUUCCUUGAUCAUUUUCUA